AGCUGUAACGCGUGUUUAUGCAGGAGAACACGCCUAGACGUUCUUCACGCGUCAGCGGAAAGAAUUUGGGUAAUGCUGGCGUGAACCCUGUGACGUGGUUUAGGACUGAUUGGAAGUUCCAAUGGGGACAUGACGCUUUGACAUCGGAGGAUGUCAAGGAUUUCGAUGAGGCGAAAACGCUUGAGAAAUGCCAGGCAGACUUCUAUGGAAGUCUGGUACUAUACUCUGAAACACCGAAUCAUAGGAAAACUACUAUAAAACUUGGAGAUACUGUCCUAGUCAAGACCGGGACCAACCCUUACCCAAGCAUCGGAAUCAUCACGUCGAUGUGGGAAGCGCGUAAUUCUACCCAGAAAGGGCGCCGCGGGGAAGCUGGGCUUCCCAGGAUACGCGUUCAUUGGUUCGUAAAGCCAAGCGAGUUACCCUCCGUGCGAGUGCCACGUCAUCACGAGUCGAACGAAAUAUAUUACACCAUGUCAUCCUCGGACGUGCUCCAUCCUGAAUCGAUUCUUGCCAAGGUCUCUGUCCACAGCACCAGCACCUCCGCACGAUCAUUUGCAGAUGGAAAAGUGUUCUGCUGUUUCUAUGCUACGGAUGAUACCAUGAAAAACUUUUACCGUUUUGACAUGGAGAAACUACGCGAGCAAGCAAGCGGAUAUCUUUCGCCUCGAGCUUGGUGUUUUACACCUCUUGCCGAUGCUAAAGCAUCUUCCAAUAAAACACGAGUCGUUCAGAGUCCACCAGAACCGUUGCCACCUCCAGCUAAAAGAAGACGUUUGUCCUUACACGCUAAUGAAAGCGAUGUCUAUACAACACCCAGCGUUGACUCGGAGGGGACAGCUAGUGGGUCAGACGAUUGCACCCCCAUAUUGAUGGCAAACCUCAAAAGGUCCAGACGAACGGUUAAACAACAAACGAAGUCCACUUCGCCUGAACAGGAGGAAACGGAUAGCCUUUCAUCGCCAUCCAAAUUACAUACACCUUCGAAAACACGGGGAACAAGGGUCAAACUCAAAGAAAGUCUCCCAACAACACCUUCUUCAGCAAGAAGCAGGAGGACGGUUUCCACUUCAGCCUCUCCCUCCAAACGUCGUCAUGAUUCAUCCCGCUCCCCUACCAAAAGAAGGCGUAUUGCAGACCUGCUUGCACCUGAAGACUUUGCAUCCUUUACUAAUGGAUCGGAAGACUUGAGUCACCUACCCGAGAACCCAUUUCUACGAGCAAUGCAUGUAUUGCAUGUCUCAUCUCGCCCUGACGUACUUCCUUGUCGCGACGAAGAGUACAUGGAAAUCUUAAGUAAGGUGCUGACACUCCUUGAAGAAGGGGCAGGAGGAUGUAUCUAUAUCUCUGGCGUCCCUGGGACCGGGAAAACGGCUACAGUUCAUGCUGUCAUCAGGGAACUGAAGCGUAUGGCAGAGCGAGACGAGACCAGCCCAUUUACAUACGUCGAAGUCAACGGACUUAAAAUCCCUGAGCCAUCGGGCUCGUAUAGUCUUCUUUGGGAGGCAUUGUCAGGCCACAAUAUCGCAGAAGAUGGCCGCCUGCGAAUUACUCCAAAGGAAGCCCUCCGGAGGCUGGAUCAGUACUUCUCUGGAGACGCGAUACGAGGUCCAGGAAGUCAUGCAUGUAUCGUGAUGAUGGAUGAAUUGGACCAACUGCUGACGGCUAAGCAAGAUGUGGUUUAUAAUUUCUUUAACUGGCCGACCAUGGCACAGUCCAAACUUAUUGUGCUGGCCGUCGCAAAUACGAUGGAUUUACCGACCCGCGUAAUGUCUGGGAAGGUAAGGAGUCGAAUGGGAAUGGAACGGGUCGAUUUCAAGGCAUACGAUCGUCCCCAGUUGAUAGAAAUUGUGACGUGUCGAUUGCGUUGCGCGUCUUCUAGUCUUGAGAUGGAGCCGGAAGAUAUCGUCGUACCCGAUGCCAUCAAACUUGCUGCUAUGAAAGUGUCCGGGAUCAGUGGGGAUGCACGACGGGUGUUGGAUAUCUGCAGGAAAGCUGUCGAGGUUCAUUACGGCCAACAGCUGUCUGGGCCUGUGACAACAAGGCACCUUUCGGCAGUGCUCCAACAGAUGCAAAAUAGUCCCACCCGGGCUUAUAUCGAGCAGUGUAGCUUUCAGGAGCGUGUCAUGCUUGCAUCCCUGUGGAAGUGUAUGAAGAAAGAGGGUGUAUUAUUCAUAAAUUGGGAAGAAAUUUUGCACUCCCAUCGAAACUUCUUACCGACGCUGACGACUGACCCUGAUCUCCAAUAUAAGCCUACCGUCACGGAACUUCAGUUGGUCCUUGACUCGCUGACCGCGGCGCGGGCAAUUCUGAUCGAGGAUUCCAGGAAAGGGUUAGCGAACGGAGAGCGGAAGGUCAUGUUAAACCUGGAGGAGAUGGAGGUGCUAAAAGCUCUUGGAGAAUUAGGGGGAGAACAUUGGCGUCGGUUCCUGGGACCUUGAGUAGAGCGACUCCAGUUGCAGUCGGUUGUUGACCAAUAGGUGGGCUAAUGUGAUCAUUUUCACGACACUGCUCCAUGUCACAUUGAUUUGAUCGAAGAACUGCACCCCCGCUGUUUGCAGGAUUGAGGUGCUCUUGAUGUUGCCUCGUUAAGUGUGCACCGUAUUUGCACGGGUACAUACGCUGUUUAGAUGUGUCGGUGCAGUAUAGUAGGUCAGAAUUCGAGAAGUUCUGGUACUCAAU